AUGUCAGAAGAAACAUUUAAGUCUGUGAAUAAUCAAGCAAUUAAAAUCGAACCACCAGAAUAUUCAGUAGAAGAAAUUAAACCCGAGGUUGAGGAUGAAUUCGAUGUUCUUGAUGACAUUGCUGAAUCUGAAUCAUGUACUGAGGAUAAUGGAACUUGUUUAGAAAAAAAUAUGAAUUCCGAAGUGACUAUAGAAGGAGAAGUCGAACAGGAGUUAAUCGAGACAUCAAGUUAUGAAUGUGACAUUUGCCAUCGAUCAUUUGCAGAAUCACAUCAAUUAAAAGAUCAUGCUGUCGAUCACAUGCCUAGUAAUAGCAAAGAAAGCUCUUUCGAAUGCGAAAUCUGUAAUAAGCCCUUCAACAAAUUGGCUUAUUUAAAAAAACACAUGCUCAUUCACAGUGGCAAUCGCCCCCAUGAAUGCAGUAUAUGCAGUAAGACGUUCUCACUAUUAGGUAAUUUGAAACGUCACAUGCUCAUUCACAAUGCAGUACGCCCCCAUGAAUGUAGCAUAUGCAAUAAGACAUUCACAACUUUAAGCAUUCUGAAAAGCCAUAUGAUCAUUCACAGUGGUGAACGCCCCCAUGAAUGCAAUAUAUGCAAAAAGACAUUUAUAACAUUAAGUUUUCUGAAAAGUCACUUGCUCAUUCACAGUGGUGAACGCCCCUAUGAAUGUAGUAUAUGCAGUAAGUCCUUCACACUAUUAGCUGGUCUCAAACGUCACAUGAUUAUUCACAAUGAAGCACGCCCUCAUGAAUGCAGUAUAUGCAAUAAGACAUUCACACAAUUAUGUAGUCUGAAACGUCAUAUGCAGAGUUGUCAUAGAGAAAGUCCUUAUAAAUGUGAAAUAUGCAAUAAGGGAUUUACUCAAUCCAGCAAAUUAAAGGGACACAUGGCACUUCAUAGUCGGAAGCAUGAGGAAAAUAAAUGA